CAGCUGCAAAGCCUCAGAGCACAAGAGCUGGGGUGGCAAAGGGGAGGCCAGGAGCCGUGGGGCAGCCAAGGAGAAGACACUGGAGUGUGGUCAGAUCGUAUGGGGCCUGGCUUUCAGCACCUGGCCAGCAGCUGAGGAGGGGGAGACAGAUCCCAUCUGUGCCGUGGGGCUUCCCUGCCUGGUCCUGGCCACUGGCCUCAAUGAUGGGCAGAUCAAGGUCUGGGAGGUGCAGACAGGGCACCUCCUCUUCAGUCUCUUGGGGCACCAGGAUGUCGUCAGAGAUUUGAGCUUUGCUCCCAAUGGAAGCCCCAUCCUUGUAUCGGCCUCGCGGGACAAGACCUUGCGUGUCUGGGACCUGAGCAGAGAUGGGCGGCAGGUCCAGGUGCUGUCAGGCCACGUGCAGUGGGUCUACUGCUGCUCCAUUUCGCCAGACUGCAGCAUGCUCUGCUCCGCCGCCGGAGAGAAGUCGGCGCUGCUGUGGAGCAUGCGAUCCUACACCCUCAUCCGGAAGCUGGAGGGGCACCAGAGCAGUGUUGUGUCUUGUGCCUUCUCUCCAGACUCCGCGCUCCUCGUCACCGCUUCCUACGACGCCUGUGUCAUCAUGUGGGACCCCUACACUGGGGAGCAGCUGAGGACACUGCGCCACGUCCCCUUGAACUCAACGCUGGAUUACAGCAGUGAAAUCCACACCAGCUCCCUGCGCUCCGUCUGCUUCUCCCCCGAGGGCCUCUACCUGGCCACAGUGGCGGAUGACAGGCUCCUGAGGAUCUGGGCGUUGGAGCUGCGCUCUCCAGUGGCCUUUGCUCCCAUGACCAAUGGUCUGUGCUGCAUGUACUUCCCACACGGAGGUUUCAUUGCCACAGGGACCAGAGAUGGCCAUGUCCAGUUCUGGACAGCUCCGAGGGUCCUCUCGUCACUAAAGCACUUGUGUCGCAAAGCUCUGCGCACCUUCCUCACGACGUACCAGGUCCUCGCGCUCCCCAUUCCCAGGAAGCUGAAGGAAUUCCUCACUUACCGGACUUUUUAAGGCAGCAGGGAAACCAGAGGCACGGAGGUGAGAGCCCUGUGCCCAGCUCAGCCUGGGCCAGAGGCACCGCAGGAACGCCGCCUUGCUGAGCCGUGGGACAGGAGGAGUGCUGCUCCCCUGGUUUUGGGGCUGUGUCGGGAUGUUUUUGGUGUAAUAAUACUAAAAUCCAGCAAAAACGCAUGCAGAGGGCAAGGGGCAGAGCUGCAGUGGCCCUGCAGGGGACA